AAAAACUACGGGUUUGUCUUUUUCGGUAACGAAGAGGGGUACAACAACGCAAUCGGUGCGCAAGUGCAUAAACUGGAAGGGUUAAUUCUCAAGGUGCAGCCUGCGGAUGCUGACAGCAGCGACUAAAAUUUAAAUUCAGUCAUGGGUAGCACAGAUGAUUAUAGUGAUCUUUCAGAGCUAGGUAUAAAUAUAAAUGAAACCGAUUCUUUAACUGCGAAUUUCAAUAAAUGCGCAAAGUACCUUCAAUCAUUAGCCGGUAGUUUAGAUAGCGAAAUAUUGUUAAAGUGCUAUGGUUUUUACAAGCAAGGGCUAGAGGGCCCUUGUAACGUUCCUAAGCCUAGUUGGUAUGACAUGAAGGGCAAAGCCAAAUGGGACGCUUGGUGCAAACUGCAGGAUAUGUCCCAGAAUGAAGCUAAAACCAGAUACAUUGAAACAAUUAUGGAACUAAGCCCUGAUUUUGAACUCGAUCAAGCCGAUAAUAAAAACGAGUCUUGGGUUAGAGUCUCCACGAUGCCUGAAGAACGUUUCGUCGGUCAACAAGUUGUUAGCGAUUACAUUCGUGAUGGGGACGUUAAUAAAAUCAAAGAUAUUUUGCAAUCCGCAAGCAAACCAACGUUAGAUAAUUUAGAUGAGAAAGGCAUGGGUCUAAUUCACUACGCGGCUGAUAUAGGCAACUCAGAUAUUCUCUCUCUUCUUUUGACUAAGGGAGCGAAUAUAAAUCAACAAGAUUCUGAAGGACAGACGGCGUUACACUACGCGGUUUGCUGCGGUCAUCUCGAUUGUGUUAAAUUGCUUUUGGCCAAAGGAGCUCGACGGGAUAUCUUCGAUAAUGAUGGGUACAGCGCUGAAGAUGUCGCCAACGACACAGAAGUUAAAGAAUUGUUUUCUCAGUAGUUAUACUUGUAGUUUUUUGGGUGUUGUAAAAUAAAACAAUUGCU